AUGCUCACAGAAUUCCUGUCCGUGCUUUGCCUUGGGCUCAGCCUGGGCUUUGAAGAUGAGAAAAAGAAUGAGACACUUCCCAAGCCCUCCCUCAGUGCCUUGUCCAGCUUAGUGGUGGGAUACAGAGGCAACGUGACCCUGAGGUGCCAGUCUCACUUCCAGAAUGUGACAUUCGUGCUGGGGAAGCUGCAGGACUCCAGGUACAGGCAGGAGCAGAGGUCCACAGGACACAAGGCUGAGUUCCUCCUUACUCACCUGGAGCCGAAGGAUGCUGGGAUGUACUUUUGCGCCUACAAGACAAUGGUCUCCCAGGAGUGGUCAGGGGAGAGCGAAUACCUACAGCUCAAGGUCAGAGCCAACAGAUUGAUCUUCGCUGCCACCUUCAGCUGCCUUUCCAUUUCCAUCCUCUUCCUCGCCAUCUUCUUCAUCAACAGAUGCACCCAGCAUGGUUCGUCACAUGGAGACCCCACCAAGAGAACCAGCCAUUCCGAAUUUCCCAAGCAGGAGGCUACAGGUGAGUGGUAA